CAGCUGGCGGUAGGGAUGUCCCCGGCAUCUGUGGCAAUGGAGGGAGGCGGCCACGGUGCACAGCAGCCUCACCGGCUCCCAGCUGACCCUCGGGAGCCAGGUGGUGUCCGGCCAGCUUGCCGACUCCCAGCUGGUCUUCGGGAGUUGGGCGGCACCCCGGAGUGGCGUCCGGACCUCGGCUGGCUGCUGUUUCCCUGUCCCCCACCGGUUCAUGCCAAGCCCAGGGGCUUGACAGGAGGCCCCUUCUACCAAGGCCCCACCUGGAAAGCAAGCAGACAUAGGUGGCACAGACAGCUUGAAGUCUUUAAGACCGAAAAUGGACAUCUCUGCUCGUCCGGGUUUCUAAGCGCCAGCAUGGAGGCCCCAGCUGAGGAAGGAAGAGCUGGUAAUCCAUCACAGCCCAGGGAAACUUCACAACAGCUGCAGUCCUACAUCACCUGGGUGAAUUCACAACUAAAGAAGAAGCCAGAAGUUCAACCCGUGCAAGAUUUGAGACACGACCUCCGGAAUGGUGUGGUCCUUGCUUCUCUCAUUGAGAUUGUAGCUGGAGAGAAACUCAGUGGUGUGGAGGUGUCUCCCACCAACCAGCAGGCCAUGAAGAAGAACGUGGAAAAGGUCCUACAAUUUGUGGCAUCAAAGAAGAUCCGCAUGCACCAGACCUCGGCUACAGACAUCGUUGACGGGAAUUUGAAAUGCAUCAUGCGGCUGAUCCUGGCGUUAGCCGCUCACUUCAAGCCCGGCUCCGGCAAAAUCGCCCCAUCCAGCGCCAUGGAGAAGAACUCGGGGGGAGGUGGAACGUUGCCGGCCCGUCACAGGCCUCGCUCGGCCGUGGCCACCGUCCACGGGGCGGUGGCUGCUCUGGCAGAGGUGCGCCAGGACAUCUUGGGAGGGGGCCGUGAUGCCAUCCAGCACCACCCGAGAAACAGCAACCCGCACGAGGAGAUUGAGCGGCCGCACUGGAGCGUCCGAGCACUCGUCCAGCAGUACGAGGGCCAGCAGAGCAGUGGCCCUUCGGAGUCCUCUUUCUCCAGUCUCACCUCUCCUAGCCCUAUCAACAGUGCAAAGAGUGAAUCAGGCAGCACCCCUUCCGAGGAGAAGGCAGGGUUUGACCUUGGCCAUGAAGAAGAAGAUGGAGAAGAAAAAGCAGGAAUAAGGACAGCGACCUGGAGCCACGCGUUUCCAGAGUUAGACCACAGAUAUGUUGUUUCCCACCUAGAAGAAAAUGGGGCUCGGUUGCCCAUUGAAUGGUCCCCAAAGUGCCCUGCCCCAAGUCUGGAGACUUCAUGGGAGGAGCACCUCCUGGAGCAGCAGGAUCACUUAGAGAAAGAAAUGGAAGAGGCCAAAAGGAUGAUCUCUGGAUUGCAGGCGUUGCUGCUGAACGGAUCGCUGCCGGAGGACGAGCAGGAGCAGUCGCUGGGGCUUUGCGAGCAGGAAGCCAGUCCUGAAGAGCAGCUGGUCAUCCUCCGGAGCCGCCUGGAUCAGAGUCUGGAGGAGAACCAGGACCUGAAGAAGGAACUUCAGGCCUGCAAGCAGGACAGCCGAAACCUGCAAGGUAUCAAGGAUGCCCUGCAGCAACGGCUGGCCCAGCAAGACACUCUGAUGCUUCAGAUCAAACAGGAGCUGCUGAGAGCGAAUAUGGACAAGGAAGAAUUGCACAGCCAGAAUGCUGAUCUCCAGAGGAAGGUGGAAGAGCGGAACCGGCUUCUGGCAGAGUACAAGAAAGAGCUAAGCCAGAAGGACCGGCUCCUGCACCAGCACCAGGCCAAGAUGGAGGAGAUGCUACACCAGCUCUCCGAGGCGGGCUAUCAGCAGGCCGAGUUGGAACGGGAGCUGCAGCAUAAAGAGGCUUUGCUGGCUCGCUGCCUGAAGAAGGACGUGGAGGAGCAGGUGAUUCUCUACGCCAAUCACAACUCUCAAAGCAACGGGUUCCUCCAGACUUUGGGGAAAGGAACGGCUUCCUCAACGCACAGAGGGACCAGCGACCUGCAGCUGGUGCGGGAGGCCCUGCGCAGUUUGCGGAACAGCUUCAGCGGCCACGAUCCCCAACACCACACCAUUGACAGCCUGGAGCAGGGCAUCUCCAGCUUGAUGGAGAGGCUGCACCGCAUGGAGAUGCAGAAGAGGCAGGACAAGAGGGUCCGAGGGAAGUCGCCUGCAGGCCACGUGGGGAACGAAUGCCGAGAAUCCUGGCCUUCCAAUUCCAAACUGCCUCAUUCUCACAGCACCCCAGCCGUGAGCAGCGGCGCCUGCACCAAAGUGCUGUAUUUCACCGAUCGCUCCCUCACCCCCUUCAUGGUCAGCAUUCCCAAGAGGUUAGGGGAAGUGACGCUAAGGGACUUCAAAGCGGCUAUCGAUCGGGACGGGACGCACCGGUAUCACUUCAAAGCUCUGGAUCCGGAGUUUGGGACUGUCAAAGAGGAGGUUUUCCAUGAUGACGAUCUUAUUCCCGGAUGGGAGGGCAAGAUUGUGGCUUGGGUGGAAGAGGACCAUGGGGAGAAUUAAAACCUUUGCUGUCGGCUGCUGGAUGUGCCAGAUACUCACCAAAAAACCCCCCCACCCCUCACACCAAUGAUACGUGUGAUUUAAACUGCCAAAAGAAAGGAACCGUGAUGAACUUUGGCUUCAAGGAAGGAUGUCCGUCACAUUAUAACCAAAUACGGUCCCUUUCAACUGUUCCAACACACUGCCUCUCUCUUUGGUCAGGGAUGGUCCUAAAAGACUUCUUGCUGCUUUUGAUCAUCUGGAGAAGUUUGGUCAACGAUGGACAGCAUUAGGAGUAAGAUUUGCACGUUUGUGAUGGCCAAAACUAGGAACUCUUUUCUAGCGCUGUUGUAGCUCUCUUGCCAGCCAAUUUUUCCAAUGAACUCUGUGCCCAGGCCACAUCAGGCACCAGCAAGAUCUCCUCCAGAGAUCCAGUGGUUUGUGGUCCAGAUCAAAGAUCCAAUCAACAGCAUUGUGUUGGAAAAGGCCAGGAUUGUUACAUUUGCUUUUAUUAUUUUGCAUUCUGGUCUUGAAAUUUCCCUACUUUAUUUGAGGGCCUGUGUGAAAAAGAUUGCUAACCUGCCCAGGUUCCCCUUCUGGCUUUGCCUGGGGAAAAGACCCCAAACUCCCCAUCUUUGCUUUUCCAGGGUUGUAUUGGCACCACAUGAUCUUCUCUGCCCUACUUUCCUUCUGGAUAAUUCAUCACCAGCAGCCUCAGAGGAAAGGCUGAUCUGUCUGGUUUCCUCAUAGCUUGGUCUGAAUUUGGCAUUGGUUUUUCCACUUAAUGGCUAAUUUCAGUCUGCCUUACCAGCUGAGAUGGGUAGAUAAGGUAGGUGGAAAGCGAGAUAAACGUUCACAAAGGGUUGCAGCAAGAUUCCUGGAAGGUCUGUGAGCAGAAAGCGGCCAAAACUCCAGGCCCUUUAUGGGCUGAAGCUUUUGCGCAUAACUCCAGCAACUGUCAAGUAGUCUUUUCCCUUUGCCUUGCUGGCUCUUCUGCUGACAGCAAGUAGGUCAUCUGCCUGGUGGGCCUCAAGCAGAAUUUAAUUUAGGCCCCCAAUGCUCACCCCACCACUCGUUUGCAAUGGUCUGCAAAACUGGUGGUUCAGCUCUUGGAACCAUCAGCCAGCUGGGUGAUCUUAGCCACUCUGGAACCUGUUAAGAAUUUUGCACCAGUCAGACUUCAGACAUAAAUAGGACAGAUGCAUCAACUUGUGGACUACUGAGUUUGUAUAGAGGUUGGAGAUAAACGCUCUAAUGGAGUGAAUUAUUCAUUCUUAGCUUUAUAGAGAAAGCAGGCCUGGACAGGUUGAGUGUUUUAAGGGGGAAUAUUUUGAUGCACAAAGCGUUUACCAUUAUUCUAUACAAGCCUCAGUUCCUUAGGAACUGAGCCAGUCAGUGGACCGAAGUCACCACAAGUGAAGAGUUACCUAGGUAGGUGUCUCUAAGAGGCCAUCAUGAUGUCAUGAGUGUGACAUCACCUGCCCACCCAUGCAGAAGUCUGUGAUAACAGGGUACCUUUUUCUUCUACACUCUUCCUGAUUUUUGUGCUCUAAAAUGCUGAAUUAGGAGUGGGAAGUAUCACCUUUGCAUAUCUUGCGCAACCAAACGCCUCAGCUCUACUUGAAUGAAAAAAUGGGGCCCAGUGAAAGCCAGAAUUUGCUUUAGUGUUGCUGCUUUGCUGCUCGCCAUUCCAUCUUUCCUAACGUUGCAGUACCAGGCUCCGAAGCCUCGUAGCUGCUUGUGUGCACCAGCCAGCGGAAGGACCGUCCGCCCGUGUGUCCAGCCGUCUUCUAUGUCCUUCUUGCAGAAGGCUGAAAGUCAAAAACGAAUCGUGUCUUUGAUCAUUUUAUAGAUUUCCACACAUCUGUUGGGUAAACUUGUUCCUGUUUCUUGGAAUUACUUUGUAUUGCUUUACAUCAUUGUUGAACAAGGACAGUGUAUAUUUUUAUACCAGCAUGAGUGCUGUUUUUUCCUGUAUAUUUCUGAAUAUUGUAUUUUAUUCAUAUUUCUAGGAAAUGCAGAAAGGCUUUAUACGGGCCUCUUGUUAAUGCCAACACACCUGGUUCCCAUAAUUAGCUUUAUUUUGCUAUGAAGGUAUAUCUUAAGUCCACAGUGGUUUUCUAUUUUACUUGUUUGUUGCAAAGACAAGAUUUGUAUGUUGUUUGUCCUAUUGUGUCCUCUGUGUACAGACAGAACGGGCCUUUUGAAAGCCUGUGUUUGUAUUUGCAGUUACACUCUGAGUGUAUCCUAUUAUAGGAGUUUUAAAGUUGGCUUCUGAGAGAACAGUGGAUGAGGGAUGUCAUUCCUGAAAAAAAUACCUUUUUUGUGACUGGUUUGACUGUUGCAUGAAUUUAGUGGGUUGCAAAGAGAUUGCAUGGAAUUAUAGUUACUUUAAAAAAAAAUAUUUCUGCAAGAGAUGUGCUUUAAAGUUAAAAUUGUACAUUUUUUUUAAAAGAACAUAUUUUAUUUAAAUUUAAUUAAGACAUCUUUAUCACAAGGGCUUAUCGCCAGACAUGGGAAAAUAGAGGUCAAAGAAGUGUAAAAGUGUUUUAUGACCGGAUUGGCAUCUUUUGCUUCCAUAAAACUAAUCUCAUUUUUUAAAAUCUCAGUUAUCUCUGAACUUUGUCCCUGAAAUAACAUAAACAGUGUUGCAUUA